GUAAUUGAGUUAAGUAUGAGUUAUAUAAUCUAAUUAGGUUCAUAAUUCAAUAUAAACACAUGUUACAUAGGACACCUUUAUCUCUUGAGAUUCUUCAAAGGUUAUUUUAAUCUCUUUCAAAAAUUCAUAACUUUGAAUUUAUCAGCCAAAAAAGGUUCAGUCUCGUUGGACAGCACUUGCUUGCCUUUGAUAAAAUGAGAUUCUAUAAGUUUCAUUUUUUUAUAAAGAAGUCUUUUUCCAGCUAUCCCACCUCUGCUCUUCUUCUUUCAAGCAUUUGCAUCUUUUUGUUUCCUAGCUUUCUUGUUUUAGUUUGGAGAGAAAAUGGAACAGAUUCCGAGGUUCCUGUCUUGGAGGAAUAUGUUGGUCCUCUCGUUGGCCGUGAACUUCAGCUUGAUUCUAAAGAUCUUGAAAGGUGAAAAAGAACGAGGAGAUUCUUGGGACAGAACGGUGUAUUCUAGCAUAUGGCCUGUGGUAUCCACCACGGCUUUAGGAUCUUCUUCUUUGUUGUCUUCAGCAUCUUGCAACUAUAGCAAGAUCGAAGAAGACGACGACAGAAUUAUCAACCUUAAACUUGGCGAUCCAACGGUGUAUGAGAGAUACUGGCAGGAAAUGGGAGAUGUGACAACAAUGGUGAUACCUGGAUGGCAAUCUCUCAGUUAUUUUUCUGACAACAACAACCUUUGUUGGUUUCUUGAACCAGAGCUUGGCAAAGAGAUCGUGAGGGUGCAUAAGAUUGUUGGGAAUGCUGUAACGCAAGACCGUUUCAUUGUUGUUGGCACUGGCUCGACACAGUUGUAUCAGGCUGCUCUCUAUGCUCUCUCCCCACAUGAUGACUCUGGUCCUAUUAAUGUCGUCUCAGCUGCACCUUAUUAUAGUUCAUACCCUUUGAUUACUGACUGCCUUAAAUCGGGUUUAUAUCGAUGGGGCGGAGAUGCAAUGACAUACAAGGAAGAAGGUCCAUACAUUGAACUUGUUACAUCUCCAAACAACCCUGAUGGGUUCUUGAGAGAACCGGUAGUAAACAGUAGUAAAGGUAUAUUGAUCCAUGAUUUGGCUUACUACUGGCCGCAGUAUACGCCAAUAACAUCAGCAGCUGAUCACGAUGUAAUGCUCUUCACUGCUUCAAAGAGCACUGGCCAUGCAGGGAUGCGCAUUGGAUGGGCUUUGGUGAAAGACAGAGAGACAGCUAGGAAAAUGACAGAGUACAUUGAACUCAACACGAUUGGGGUCUCAAAGGACUCGCAGCUUAGAGUAGCCAAGGUUCUAAAGGCUGUGUCAGACAGCUGUGGGAAUGAAACGGCUAAAUCCUUCUUUGAACACAGUUAUGAUGCUAUGUAUGAGAGGUGGAAGCUAUUGAAACAAGCAGCGAAGGACACUAAACGUUUUACCGUUCCUGAUUUCGUCUCUCAACGCUGCAAUUUCUUUGGCAAGGUCUUUGAGUUACAACCAGCUUUUGCAUGGUUUAAGUGUGAAGAAGGGAUUGUGGAUUGUGAGAAGUUUCUAAGAGAAGAAAAGAAGAUUUUAACGAAAAGUGGAAAGCACUUCGGCGAUGACCAAAGUUAUGUGAGGAUAAGCAUGUUGGAUAGAGAUACUAACUUUAAUAUUUUCCUUCACAGGGUUUCAGUUUCUUCUAAUUCAACUUUGUAAUUGUAAGUGCAAUUGUGCAUGUGAUGAUGCUCUGUGCAACAAGUGUUUUCUCAAUAUGAUUGGAAAUUUGAAUAAUGUGAAGAUCAAUUAGACCAA